ACAGCCCUGCGGCGGCCGGGGACACACCGUGCCGUGCGCGUCGCCCGGCGGUUCUCUCGCGUGGCGCCUGUGCCCGUGCCACGGUGUCCCCGGUGCAGCCCCGCUCUGCGCUCGCCCGUGCCCUUGCGGCUGCUCCCAGCGCUGCCGCUGUCCUUGGGGUGACCGGUGCCAGGAGGUCCGACCCUGCUAGGCACAGCCGUCUUCCUGCCAGCACCCCUCCGCUGCGUGGGCGUCCCCAAAUUGAGCUCGCCUGUGCCGUGGGUGUCCCCAAACCAUGAUCUCCUGUGGCUGCUCUCCUGUGCCGUGGGUGUCCCCAGACCGAGCCCUGCUGUGGUUCCUGUCCCCAUGCGCGAGUGUCCCCAAACGGUGCUUUCCUGUGCCACCACAGUUCCCUGGGCUGUGUCCUGACGGGUCCUGCCUGAUGCUGUGAGCUUCCUCCCAGCAGUGCCCUCCUCCUGCUGUGUAAUGGCCGAUGCUCUGCGCCGCCUGGCCCAGCCCACUCCUGUCACUGUGACCUUGACCCCCCCGACUCCAUCCGUGUCUGUUUGUCUUUCCAGCCCAGCUCAUCGCUGGUCUGUCACCGGGUGUUGACUCUGCGCAUUCCUCCCCAGUCGAGCCUGCCACCACCAGUUAUUAACCAGGGCUGGCAUGCUGCCGUCCCGUCUCCACUACAGGGCCGCUGUGCUGGACUCUGGCUGCUGAUAACUUUGGGGACGCCACGUGAGGAGGUGGGAGAGGUGACCCUGGGUGACUGGCACCACUUGGGGACAGGGGUGUGGACUAAUGACGGCUCUAGCUUGGGCUGGGAAUAAAAGCGUCAAGGUCUGCCCAGGUAUCAGCACAUCUCGGCAUUCCCCAGGCUGCUCCGGGACCCUUCCUGCGCCUGCUGGCACCAUGGCUUUAGGGUGGUACUGCUGGCUCCUCCUGCUGUUCCUCCUUGCCCCAGCCCUCGCUGGAGGGCCUGGCCCCGUCCUCAUCAACCGCCCCUUCGUCACCAUCUGGAACAUCCCCACCGAGCGCUGCGCCACAAAGUACAAUGUCACCCUCAACCUGGAGGUCUUCGAUGUGUUGGCCAAUGACCAUCAGGCCUUCACUGGGCAGGACAUCACCCUCUUCUACAGCAAGGACCUGGGGCUUUUCCCCUACUACACAUCUGAGGGGGUGCCAGUGAAUGGGGGGCUCCCCCAGAAUGCCAGCCUACAGGCUCACCUCCACCAGGCCACCCAGGACAUCAAGGUCGCCCUGCCCAGCCGUACCUACAGAGGACUGUCCGUCAUUGACUGGGAGAAGUGGCGCCCACUGUGGAUCCGCAACUGGGCUUCCAUGCGCAUCUAUCAACAGAAGUCAGAGGAGCUGGUCUGGCAGCAGCACCCACAGUGGCCCCCUGCUCUGGUGAAGAAGACAGCCAAGUGGCAGUUUGAGCAGAGUGCCCGCAGCUUCAUGGAGCAGACCCUGCAGCUGGGCAAGACCCUCCGUCCUGACAGCUACUGGGGUUUCUAUGGCUUUCCCAACUGCUACAACAAUGAUUUCAACAGCCUACCCUAUACUGGGAUGUGCCCGGCGGUGGAGCAGCAGAGGAACAAGGAGCUGCAGUGGCUCUGGGAGAGCAGCCGGGCACUCUACCCCAGCAUCUAUGUGCCCCCCUGCCUCAAUGGCACCAACAAGGUGCUCGCCUAUGUCCGGCACCGCAUCGCUGAGGCCUUUGCCGUCCAGCGUGGUGUCCUCAAUGUCAGCAUCCCCGUCCUGCCCUACUCCCAGAUUGCCUUUGACUGCACCAUUGACUUCCUCUCACAGGAGGACCUGAUAAACACCAUCGGGGAGAGUGCGGCUCAGGGCGUCGCUGGCAUCGUCCUCUGGGGAAGCCUCAACUACAGCACCUCCAAGGAGAUGUGCCUGAAGCUGAAGGACUAUGUGGAGGGGCCCCUGGGCCACUAUAUCGUCAAUGUGACAGCCAGCGCUGAUCUGUGCAGCCAGAGCCUGUGCACUGGCCGGGGCCGCUGUGUGCGCCAGAAGAACAAGCAGGGCUUCCUGCACCUUGACCCCUUCCGCUUCACCAUUGACCUGCAAGCCAGCAAGCCCUGGGUGGUGGCACAGAGCUUGGAGUUCAUCAAUGAUGCCUCCCAGCUAGCCAAGGAGUUCAGCUGUCAGUGCUAUGGCAAGUGGCAUGGACCCCACUGCAACACCCAGGGCUUCUCCAAGUGAUGUCCCUGCCCUAUGCAAGGAACACCAGUGCGGGCAGGGUGACACCACCCUGCACCUGCAGCACCCUUGCUAUGGGGUUGGGAACCUGACUGCAGGGCUGCCAAUAAAACCAGUAGGCACCA